CAGUAUGGAACAAGCUUGUCGCUUUCCAACAACUAUCUCAAAUCUUCUUCGUACCAGAAAGAGUAUACUCCAGAACCAAAUUUUGAAGGUGUGAAACGGGAACGAAUCAAACUAAGUGACUACAGUCAGUUCAUCAAACAGGAACCCCAGAUAUCUGAGUACAAGAAAUCUAUUCUCAACUACUACAUUCCUUCGCUGCCUGUUUCUAUCACAAACUAUUCUAUUGUGGAUAAACUAAUACCACAUUACUAUGUGGACAAGAUUUCGGCCGAAUACGACCGGAAACGCAUAGACAAUCAGAAAAUUAUCGAGAAAAGUAGACUUGAUUCUCUCUCCAAGAUAACCCCACUUGGACCCCAAGAGUUGCAGAAAGUACAGGCAGUAUGGCAAAGUAGCAGAACAGACACUUUCGCUACCAAUUACCAGAUCGAGUUGUAUUUUCACGAUCUCAAGACCCUUAGAGAUGGUAAAUGGCUCAACGAUAACAUAAUAGACUAUUACCUCAAUCUCAUCAUGGAAUCUCAAAACCAAAAGGUAUUUGGAUGGACCACUCAUUUUUACACAACUUUGGAAACAAAAGGAUACCUGGGAGUAGCUAGAUGGGCCAAGAGGAAGAAAAUCAAUUUGUUUGAAAAGAAAAAGAUUUUGGUACCCAUCAAUAUCUUGAAUACUCAUUGGGCUCUAGCUGUCAUAGAUAACGUUGACAAGUCUAUCAGGUACUAUGAUUCGCUCUCUAGUUCUGGAAAUGAGAAUGCCAUGCUCAACUUGAAGGACUAUAUGAAACAAGAAGCUUCAAGAUUGAAUGUGCCAGUAAUAGACUAUGAAUUGUAUCCUCAUAUGGAAACCCCCCAACAAGCGAAUGGUUAUGACUGUGGAGUUUUCACUUGUACGGCUGCUAAAUACAUUGCAUUAUCUAAGUCUCUAACCUACUCUCAAAAAGAUAUGAAGGUUAUCAGACGCAGAAUGACUUACGAAAUCAUCUCUAGCCGAUUAUUGGAUUAA